AUGGGCGCCGACAAGGAGCAGACAACGACUGAACAGCAGCCCGCAUCGCCAGAGCAAGGACACCAGCAUGGCGACGCUGCCCUCGCAAAGCGAGUCCUUCGCAAAAUCGACUGGCGGCUGAUCCCUCUUAUGUUUAUCACCUACAAUCUCAAUUUCAUGGAUAAGACAAUUCUGUCUAGCGCCUCAGUGUUCGGAUUGCGAGAGGAUAACCACCUUCAUGGACAACAGUACAGUUGGGUGUCAAGCGUCUUCUACUUUGGGUAUCUGUUCUGGGAGUACCCUACCACGUUGUUAAUCGCCCGCUUGCCUGUUGGGAAAUAUCUUGCGGCCAACACCUUUUUCUGGGGCGCUGUCGUUGCGGUCACCGCGGCUUGCUCCAACUAUGGAGGCUUGAUCACCGUCAGAUUUCUCCUGGGUGUGGCUGAGGCCACGAUCACACCAGCCUUCUUGUUCAUAACGUCGACCUUCUACACUCGGGACGAGAUUCCCACCAGAACGGGCAUCUGGUUCGCGGGCAAUUCGGUCGGGGGUCUUGUUGCCUCCUUCAUUGCGUUCGGUACAGGCCACAUUGAAGAUAGUCUGAGUCCAUGGAAGUGGAUGUACAUCAUCCUCGGCGUUGCAACCUUCCUGUGGGGCAUUCCCUUGUUGCUUCUGCUCCCCGACUCGAUCGACAGCGCCAAGUUCCUGACGCCUCAGGAACGCGAGUAUGCUGCUGCCCGAGUCGUCAUCGCAGGAACGGGCCGAACGGACAAGACGAAGUGGCGAAUGGACCAGGCGCUCGAGUGCCUACAAGAUCCGAAGACUUGGAUCAUCUUCUUCAUGUCUCUGCUUACGCAGAUCCCGAAUGGCGGCACGCAGAACUUCGGCAACAUCGUUCUCAAAUCGUUUGGCUUCACAUCUCUUGAGUCAACGCUACUGGUCGUCCCAGCGUCCGUCAUCUCUGCUGCUACGAUCGCUGGAACUGGUUGGCUUGCAGGUCGCUAUCGCCAGAUGAACUGCAUUCUAAUCGUCUGCGUUGUGCUUCCGGCUGUAGUGGGCAGCUCUCUGAUCUACGUGCGACCACGGACAUCGUCGGGCGUCCAGCUCUUUGGCUACUUCCUGCUCUCUACUGGUCCCGGAGGCAUCCCUCUGCUCAUGUCACUGGUUGGAGCGAACUACAAGGGCGUCACCAAGAAAAUGACGAUGACAGCUCUGCUCUUCAUCGCCUACUGCACCGGCAACAUUGCUGGACCACAAUUCUUCAAAGCAUCUGAUGCGCCGCAUUACAAUAUGGCUUUCAGAGCAUCCUAA